AUGGAUUGGCCGGCCACGGAGGACUUUGCAAUGCCUUCAUGGCGAAUGGUGUACUUGCGACGGCAUCUGUGCGUAUGGACCGAUACAGUGAAGCUGUACUACGGCCAGAGUCGAGAAGACGCUCCGUUCUUGUGGGAUUUCAUGACGGACUACGCUGUGGGCAUGGCCAAAAUUUUCCACGCUGUCCGUUUGGACAAUGCGCACUCCACGCCCCUUCACGUUAGCAGGCACGUGCUGUCGCGCGUCCGUGAGGCCAACCCUCACUGCUGGGUCUUCGCAGAAUUGUUCACUGGAAAUUUUGAGACUGAUCUCCUAUACCAGCGGACUCUGGGUAUCAAUGCCCUGAUCCGCGAGGCCAUGCAGUGUGACAGCCCCCAUGACCUGGGCCACAAGCUGGAAAGUCCCCUCUGGAACGGCCAUCCCGUGGGCGCGUUGUCACCCGUUCCAACCUUGGACCGGGCGGACAAUCAAACGCCUGCGCAGAAGCGACAUCCAAGGGAUGCACUGCCCAAUGCUGCAAUCGUCGCAGCGAGCUGCGCAAGUGCUGGCAGUGUCCGCGGCUAUGAUGACCUCUUCCCAGCGAACCCUUCCGUGGUCAGUGAGCGAAGGCAUCCCUGGGAUUCAGGGUGUUGUUUGGGUCGGUACGCCUUCUGCAGUCCUCAGAAGGGCUACCAGAACUUGGGGUAUCCUCCAAAGGCUUUCUCUGGUCUUCUUGCAGCCGACUUUGAGGUUGAAGCGUAG